GCCUGAUGGGAGCACCGCCCGGGCGGCGGGUCCCUUCUGCGGCGGCGGCGGCGGCUCCGGGGUGGGAUGCGCGGCCCGGCCCGCGGCAGCUGUGAAUGCUCAUAGAAGAGUGAUAGCUCUGCCAAUAUUUGUCCACAAUUGAAGAUGGGUGGAUUGAUUUCAAGAUGGAGGGCAAAGCCGUCCACUGUUGAAGUAUUAGAAAAAAUAGAUAAGGAAAUACAGACAUUAGAAGAAUUUAGAGAAAAAAAUCAGAGGCUACAGAAACUAUGGGUUGGAGGGCUGCUUCUCUACUCCUCACUCCUUUACCUUGUUACUUGCUUAAUUGUAUAUCUGUGGUGUCUUCCUGACGAAUGGACAGCAAGGUUGACAAUGACACUUCCAUUUUUUGCAUUUCCAUUCAUAAUCUGGUGUAUAAGAACACUGCUCAUUUUCUUCUUUUCCAAACGGACAGAAAGGAAUAAUGAUGCGCUGGAAGAUUUAAAAUCUCAAAAGAAAAAAAUACUUGAGGAAGUGAUGGAGAAGGAAACAUACAAGACUGCUAAAUUAAUCCUUGAAAGGUUUGAUCCAGAAUCAAGUGCAAAGGAGGCUGAACUACCAUCUGCUGGAACAUCUGCAACCCCAAGACCUGGACAAGAAAUUCGUCAGAGGACCGCAGCUCAAAGAAAUACUUCUACACCCUCACCUGUGACUCCUAAACAAGGUUCUCCCAAGUCACCAGUUCCAGCAUCUCCUAAUCUGCAGAGAGACUCAUCGGGUCUGAGUGGACUCCCAGAAAGAACUGUUGUGCCAUCCUUGCAAUCAAAUGUUUUACCAAGACGCCCUGGAUCCCCUGCUACUUCAGUGCCUGGAAUGGGUCUUCAUCCUCCAGGUCCUCCUUUGGCAAGACCUAUUCUUCCUCGAGAACGAGGAGUUGUGGAUAGAGUUAUUGAGUAUUUGGUUGGUGAUGGUCCUCAGAACAGGUAUGCCCUUAUAUGUCAGCAAUGUUUUUCCCACAAUGGUAUGGCUUUGAAGGAAGAGUUUGAAUACAUAGCAUUUAGGUGUGCCUACUGCUUUUUCCUGAAUCCUGCAAGAAAAACUAGACCUCAAGCUCCACGACUUCCAGAGUUCAGUUUUGAAAGAAAGCGAUCUACAGAAUUGCAAUCUGAAACUGAGCCUCUAGAACCCAGAGAGAAAAAGCCCCAGGAGACUGAACAGACAGAAGAAUCUGAAGAUGAUGUGGCCCAGAUCAUUGAGACAAAUGAGGCAGAUGAUAAAACACCAAGUUCUGAGCAGCUAAAUGAUAAACUAGCUGAAGAAACUGAAAAAGAAGAAGCGGAAAACAUUUCAACAACUGAAGACUCUAUUUCAGAGUCUAUUUCAGCUGAACAAAAUGAAGAAUCUCUAAUGAAAGCAGAAUAAAGUACUUCAAGUGCCUUCUGUAGCUAGUUUUUAGCUUUGUUCAUGCCUAUUGUUACUCUUCAGGUGAGCUUUUUUUAAAUGGUACAACUUAAAAAUCUCGCUUGAGCUUAAACUGCCUCAACUGCCACAGUGUGUCAAAGCUAUGUGUAAAAGUGGGUAUUGUAAAUUAAGCAUGUGUCGUUAAGUUAAUAUAUAGAAUGUGUAGUUGGUUGAAGUCUAACAGUUGUAGCCAUUGUUUAGUUUGCAUAUUUAAAAACUUUAGAGUAUCAGAUUUGCUAAGGGUGACUUAUAAUUUGACAUCUCUUUAGCUGUCACAUGCAAAGAGCAAUUACUGACAGCAAGUGACCUAGUAAGUUUGGUCUAGUGAAUUUAAGAUACAUUUUAAUGCUGCCCUGUUAAAGCGAAUGAGUAUAUGUUAAAUACACAGAUGUUUACAAGCUAAAGUGUCAUCUGACAUUUGACUUAAGCAUAUGGAAGUGUCAUUGUGGUGGUGUUAAUAUUAUUCAUUGUCUAACUUCUUGACAGAAUUCAGUUAAAUGGCACUCGGAUAAAUGGCAUCUCCUUGGGCAUUUGCAUUGCAGAUGAACCAGAGGCACCUACAUACAAAACUGUUUUGUGUUUACAUAAAAUAUAGAAAGUCUCUGCACUUGAUUGUACUUGAAUACAAAGCACUAUUUAUACUUGUACAAUAAUUACAAGAUAUGAGUGAAUUUUGUGCCUUUGUGUUUUUUGUUAAAGGAAAAUAAAGACAUCUAGCAGCA